UGAGAGCUCCAUCAUCGAGUCGCGACACCACAACCUCACGACGACGACCCCACCUCUUCGUUGACACGCGCAAUUCUUUGGCGACCGGAAAGAUGGGACAGCCCAUAGUACAGACGAUCCAUAGGGAUCCCGCCCUGUUUUGGUGGAUUCUACUCCCCAUCACAGUGGUCAUGAUCUUAACUGGCAUCCUCCGCCACUAUGCAAUGACGCUUCUUCAGACCCCUCCGAAGAAGGCCGACCUCCCCAAAAUCCGACAACAGCGCUCCCUCGUCCGGGGUGUCAAUCUACGCACCAACGCCAACGUGCUCUCCCCCUCGUCAUUCGCCGCUCGUAAAUCCUCCAUGGUGCAAGCCUACCAGGAAGGCAAGUUUCUCGCGGAGCCCGAGCUGAGGGGCAAGCCCAGGCCGAAUCCGAUGAGUGAUCCGGCGGCCAUGGAGGGCAUGAUGGGCAUGAUGAAGGGCAACAUGGCCAUGAUGGUUCCGCAGACGUUAAUCAUGGGCUGGAUUAACGCCUUCUUUUCGGGUUUUGUCAUCAUGAAACUACCCUUCCCGUUGACGCCACAGUUCAAGUCCAUGCUCCAGUCUGGUGUAGGCACUCACGACUUGGACGUCAGAUGGGUGUCUAGCUUGUCCUGGUACUUCCUCACGCUGUUCGGGCUGCAGCCCGUCUAUAAUUUCAUUCUGGGCAGCAACAACGCCGCCAACCAGGUUACACAACAGAUGGCCAUGGCCAACCCAGGCGCGGGUGGCGUGAUGGGUCCCGAGCAGGAUCCUGACAAGCUCUUCUUGAGUGAAGCUGAGAACUUGGAGGUGGUGGAGCACCGAUGGAUCCUCGAGGGAAUCGAAGACCGUCUAGUCACCAAAUUCGCGGCGUGAAUGCCGACGUGCUGAUGGUGUCAGUUGCUCGUUACAGCACAGCUAGGUACAUGUUGGCUUUCACACCAUGCCUAGGGAGCGUCAGGUGGUCAUGAUCCCGCGUUUGAACUCGCGCAGGGGUGCCUGAUCCGCACAGCCGGCCGCGAGAUAGCCAAUUGUUAUGACCAAGUCGGCCUGUCCCAGACGUACGGUAACAGUGGCAGUACAGUACUAUCAUGUGGAAUGCAGACAUAGCCGGGGAUCUGCGAGGACAGCAUGACAGCUAGUGUGCCAGACGUCAGCAGCCCCAGGAUACUUAGUCAUCAAGAACAAAAGAUGAUGAAUGCAAUUUUGUCAUGAUGAAUGCAAGCAGAGCCGCC